AUGGACGUGUAUGUUUCCAUCAUAGACUUGGACCCUUCGGCGGUCAUACACGACUGUGACUGGUCUGACGUGUUUUGCAAAUUGCUCAGAGUCGGUGUUCCCGACCUCAAUUUUUGGCUUUUUCUAACACUGGAACUUGACGUGGGGCAGUAUGAUGGGUUGGUAAUUGACGGAGCCCGACACUUCCGUCAAACUACAUAUAUAGCUGAAAGCAAGAUUGGAGGCUGGGAUUCGAAGGAGAUUGAUCAGUGCUUGUGGAUGGCUUCCAAAGGGCAUCACUGGUUCCGCCGUCUUACCAGUCGCUUCUGCCGCUGGGAGUAUGAAAACCGUGCAGAGUUUUUUUUACCUUACCCACGUCUCUGGGCUAGGAAUGGUGUAGAGUCCCUCCUCGAGAGGGAGAAUUUGGGCUGA